GCAAUUGAGAGCUGAGCUAAAUGGGGAAGAAAAAAAAACUAUUUAUUUAAUAUCGAAAGACUGAAACUCCCACAAGUCAUACUAUGGUGAAAUCAGCACAUCAAUUAAUGGGUGUGCAUUUAAAAGUAAACUCGGUGAAAGGACAUAAUCGUUUAUCAGCCUCACCUCUGGGUCACGCUCAUUUGUGGGAUUUUUUUUCUUCGACUUCCAGUCUCCUGCGGAUAUGAGUGUGUGGAUAAGUUGCUCUGGUGAAUUCACCACAAAAAAAAACUUUCCACCGACCGCGCUUUGCCCGAGGAGAAAUACCAGCUCCUAUAACACAGAGGAACUUGCAGUUGAAGAUCACCAGCCGACCGACGCCAAACAACAAAACCACGGGUCUCAUUGACGUUGGACCUCAGACACACCUGCAGCUGGAAGACAAAAAAAAAAAUGAGGGGCUCGCUGGAAGUCCUUUUGGGUUGGAUCACUCUGUAUCUGCUGCUGCAAGAUGGUACGGGCUCCACAGAGCCGCAAUUCGACGUCAUCGAGGCUGCCUGGGAUUACCUGAAGAGACGGAAGCAAGUGAGACAGCCAAAGUUUGCAGAAGAACUGUGGCAAGUUCUCCAAAAUACUUGGAACAACCUACCAGCCGAUUUUCUUGUAAAAUGGGAUGACAGAGUAUCUAAAAGAAUUGAUGCAGUUUUAAAGGCCAGAUAUUGAUUUGAUUCAUUUUUUUUCUUGUUUACUGCUCUUUAUAGUAAUUCUUUUAUUAUUUAGAAUUUUUAAGUUAUUUUUGAAACUGUCUUUGCUUACAGAUUUUUUUUCAUGUGUGCCUGAAACUUUUGCACAAUACUGUAUGUCUUCUCAAUUGAGAUUUAUGCAAAGGAAACACAUCAACAUAUCUGUCAUGCUUGCUCCCUAGAACUUUAUUUAAGGAAUCUUCCUAUGCUUAAGUUAUUUCUCAAACUCAAAUUAUGCAGUUUCCAUCGUAAAGAUAGCAGGUUCUUUGAUGUUUUCUCAGAAUAUUUGCAGGAGGUGAUGUCUUUAUAAUAAGGAGUCCUAAUGAUCAGUGCUUGGAAGCUUCUUUGGGAAGCAGCCUUGUGCUGACCAAGAAAUGCAACCCUGACACAAAGCUCCAGGACUGGAUGUGGAGACAAAACCGGCUUUACAAUCAAGGGGCCAAAAGAUGUCUUUCGGCGAAUGAGACUUCCAUCGUUCAGACUGCAGCUUGUGAAAAUGGGAUAGACCUCAUGUGGACUUGCCAGAACCGCUCGCUCAUCCACUUGAAUAUGGCUCAUUUUCUGACCAGUGAUGGGGGAGCAGUGCUGAUUUCCAAAGAGAAAAGUAAAAAAUCCAAAUGGAGGUCAAGAAACAACACCAGCAUCUGCGAGAAGCAGCCUCAGGACAACCCACAGGUAACAUCAACAACAGUGAAGGAAACCCAUGAAAGAAUUGGUGCUGAGAGUCAGAAUAAGACUCAAGAAGAAAAAACUACCUUAGAACAAAAACCGCCAUAUCCAAUAGAGGAUCCCACUAACUGGAACUAUGCGAUAUUGGCACUUGCAUUUGUCACACUGUUUCUAGCAUUCCUCAUCUUGGUGUUAAGCUGCAGGGCUAACAAACGGCAUAAGCUUAAGGAACUGAAUGAAGCACAGGACAAGAAUGAAACGGACACAGACUCGAUCCAGAAGGCAAUGAUCCAGUAUGGGGUUGAAGUUGAUAAUAUCACUGAGACAGACCAGAUGUUACAGACCAAGCAGGCCUUUGUUUCCUUGAAUGCAGUAGCACAGACUCCAUCUCCAAAGAUGUCACCAAAACCUGGACAGAUCUUGGUUGAAUGGAAGGAUGGAAAUAUAAGUUCCCUUUUCUUGAAUGGAAAGGAAGAUGAUGUGUAGUAUCCUUCAAUAUUUCACUUAAAUAAUUUUAUUACAAGAAUUAUUGACUUUUAUCUUAAAGUAUUUCUAAUAAAUGAAAGGAAAAUGGGUUAGCAAGCUGGCUAUAAAAUAGGGAAAAGUGAUGAAUGUUUUUGAGUAUUAAGUAAUAUAUCACUUGGGUUAUUGCUGGGAAUACUAUCAUUCACAAUUUUACUCAGGACUUUGAGAUUAAAUGUACAAGUUUGCAGAAACACCAAGAUAAUUAAUUCCAAGGAAAACUGUGGCUAAGUGCGUUGAUAAAUCCAAAAUAAAAAAGAAAAUAUUAGAAUUCCUCAGCCAAUCAGCCACCACUGAAAUAUCAUUGAUCUGAAGCACUAAUCAUGGUUUCCUCUGCGUAGAUGCUGCCUGACCUGCUGAGUAGUUUCUGUUUCAUUUCCUAUUUGGAUUUUGGUUUUGCAUUAUUAACUCUGAAUUGGAUAGUAAUGUUUAAUUUGCUGAGUGUGAGGGAUUGUUUUCAAUAGGAAGAUUAUACAUUGGGUACGCAGUUUGGAAAGUAAGUGUCUAAACUGGCUCGUAGAGGGAAGGAAUGCAUGCUGCUGAGUUCCUCCAGCAUUUUGUGUGUGUUGCAAAGGAAUGCGUGUACCCAAACCGAGCCCAUGUAUUAACAAGGCUACAAAAGCCAAGGAAUGUACUGAAGUUAAACUUUAUAAUAACAGAGUCUGAAAGAAGAGAAAAUAUAUUAAAUUUCUUCUUAAAUAUGCUUUAACAUUUGAAGAUGACUGACUUGCAAUCUGGUGUUGUGGAUUCAGGUCUCAUUAUCCACCAUAAUGAGGGAAUCAUAUACCCUUCUGCAGAUGAGGCAAAUCGUGGACAACUGGGCAGAUGGGUGGAAUGUGAAGUUUCACUCCUCCUUCCCCCUUCACAAAGUCUCCGCAUAUUCCUGAAACCACCCCAAUUGCUCCCUCUCCACUCAUAGGAGUGACAAAAUUGGAUUUGCUUUUCAUAUGUCCCUCAACCAUUUCCUCUAUCCCCUGUCAAGCCCUUCCCAUGACUGACAUGGGACCAACAUGCCUAUUUUGGGAGUCGGGUGUUAACCAUGUGACUGGCAUACCCUGGCCAACGCACCCAAUCGUGUAUUACAUCAUCCGCGUGUCAAAGUUAUAAAGCAUAGAUGAAGAGAAGUCGUCUCUACUUGUGGGGAAGGCCAAAAUAAAAUCAGUAAUGCAUUCCCAGGGAAAAUUCUUGAUGAGUGGUAAGCGUGUGAAACUUGCCACUGCAAGCAAAACUCGAGAAAAACGCCGUCACAGUUGGUUUGUGGGCUGUUUGUGCAUGGUUGCUCUGUACCUGGUCUAUGUUAACAAGCAGACCUCACUAUGUGACCAGUGCUGGUACUUCUCUCCAAUCUAUUUGGCAAAAUAGCAAUGUGACUGUGAGCACACGCAGCUAUUAUGUCAAUGAACAUUCAUAUUCAAUGAUUGGAGGGGAUGGACAGUGAUCUGCUAUUCAUUUCGUGCAGGUGCCACCUCACACACUCAGAUUCUUCACUGCUUUGAAGAACACAAUGAGUUUGCACAGCAGUUGUUGGUAGAACUUGCAGCAGAAUGCUAAGUCUGGUGAUUAAGGAUUCAAGUACCUUUUAGCAAUGUGAUAACUGCCACUAUAUUUAUCUGGCUGCAGAUGGCAGUAAUUUAAAUUGCCUGAUCUCAUUUUCAAUACACGGUCAACUUAGAAAUUUUAAAAGUGACAAGUAAUUAAUUCUUAUUUACCCAUUCUGCCUUUUUUUUCAAUUAGAAUCAUGGUGUCAUUUGGCAUGGAAGAAGCCCUUCAGUCUGACUGGUCCAUACUGACCACGAUUCCCAGAUAAGCUAGUCAUGUUCAAAUUCAGAUUUGUUUAUUUACCACUCGUACAUGGAAACUUAGAGUGAAGUACAGUGAACAACCAACAGGACCUAAGGGUGUGCUGGGGACAGAGCUCAAGUUUUGCCGCACAUUACGGUGCCAACAUACAGUAACAUGCCCACCAUGUUCACAGGAUACACUGGCAACAACAGCAACAAAACAAGUAGUUUGUUGGGAAGACUCUUUUCCCAGUUGGCCCAUAUCCCUCUAAACCAUGAGUUCCCAAACUGGGGUCCAUAAACCCCUUGCUUAAAGUAUUGGUCUAUGGCAUGAAGAAGGUUGGGAAACCUCUGCUCUAUACCUUUGCUGUCUAUGUACCUGCUCAAGUGCUUUUUAAAUGCUAUUAUUAAACUUGCCUCAACCACUUCCUCUGGCAGCUCAUUGCGUAUACUGACCACCCUCUGGGUGAAAGAUUUCCCCCCUGUUUCCUAUGAAAUCUCUCUCCCUUUCACCUUAAGCCUGUGUUCUUUACUUCUUGAUUCCCCAACGCAGGGAAAAAAACCACAGUCUGUGCCUUCAAGUCAGAAUGCUUAAGACUCCAUCAAGAUGCUUGAGCACAAAAAUUUAGACAUGCUCCAGACUGAGGAAGUGUUUCAUUGUCAAUAGUGCCAUCUUUUGGUUAAGUUAUUAAACCAGGAUCCUCUGAACUCUCUCAGGUAUAUAUGAAAGGUCUUGUGAUAAAUAAGGAGUAGAGGAAUUGUUGUGUUGCAUAUAAGUGCAUCUCUCGCCACAUAACUAAAACGGAAUUACUGGUUAAGAUCACUUGUUUGUGGGAGCUUGCUGAGCACUAAUUGGCUGUUGUGUUUCCCUAAUGAAUGAAAGGGUUAAUGUAUGAGGAGCGUUUGAUUCCUUUGGGCCUGUCCUUGCUGGAGUUUAGGAGAAUGAGGGGGAAUCUGCUGAAACCUAUUAAAUAUUGAAAGAGCUAGAUAGGGUGGACAUGGAUAGGAUAUUUCCUACAGUGGGGGAAGUCUAGGACCAGGGGGCACAGUCUUAGAAUGGAAGAUGAGGAGGAAUUUCUUUAGCUAGAGGUGAUGAAUCUGUGAAACCUAUUGCCACAGAUGGAUGUGGAGGCCAAGCCACUGGGCAUAAUUAGAGCAGAGGUUGAUAAGUUCAGGAUUAAUAAGGGCAUCAAAGCUUAUGAGGAGAAGGCAAGAGAUUGGGGUAGAGAGGGAUAAUAAAUCAGCCAGGACGAAAUGACAGAGCAGACUUGUUGGAUCGAAUACCCUAGUUCUGCUCCUAUGUCUUAGGGUCUCCUUGCAACAUUUAAUGCAUUUCUCACCUUGGAAACCACUUUACACCAUCAGCAUGAAGUUCCUUUUAAAUACAUGUCUUUUCUUUCUCUCACUCUAUUAUCCUAAGAUUUAUUUUCCUCCCCCUACUUCUCCAUUGACCGAUUGGAUUCAGAUUUAUUACGGCAGGGAAACAAGCCAUCCCGGACCUUCUAGUUUAUCGAUGGUCAGAGUUUGUUUUUUAAGCCUCAUUGGUUUAAAAGCAGAUAGCAUGAUCAUGUCAUCCAUUAAAAUGGCUCACUACUUCACUGUGUUAAUGGUUCUCAUUUCCAGCAAGUCCUGGUAUGAACAUUGACGAUGAACUGACUGAAGUGGCUGUCUACCUGAGCCUGGCAUAGCCAACCCAUUAUACAGUACUUUAUCAGUCCAUUGUUCCCUAAUGCAAAUAUGCAUGCAGAGUUAAACAAUUUUAAUCUUAGAACAUUAUUCAACAUACAUAGCUAUGAAAAAAGAAAGCCUGAAAGAUGUUUUAACUCAAAAUAUUCUUUUUCCCUCCAGAACUCAAAUGUAGAACUGUGGACUCUGGGUAGUUUAAAAAUGCUUUUUUUUAUUUGAUUGUUAAAAUAAAUGGCUUUUAUAACUUGUGAUAAAUAUCUUCAAUUCUUUUUGGAAUUUAAGUCUAUUCCAUCAAUUAAACCAUCUGUUACUUUUAAUUUUUGCCUGUAUCCUGUUUCAGUCAAGUGAAACGUUUUAUGGGAAUAUUCCAAAGAAGCGUCAUUCACAUCCGUGGCAAUUGAUUCUUCAACCAAUUUGGGGACCAAGCCUCGGACCUUUCAAGCCAAACUAUUUCAGUAUUAGCUGUGUUACCAACACCUUGGCUUAAAUCAGUAAGUUGUAGUUUGCCCUUCAGACAGGUCUCACGUCUCACAGAAAUCCUCAUGGAAAUAAGAUGUCUCUUUCUGAGAUUGAUAUAAAAUAGCAAACUCCUUAAAAGAUGGAGGGUAAUUGACUAAAUUCUUUGUGUUAUACUUUAUCCAAACAAUUUUAAAAUGGGCCACACAAUCUUGCCAUGCUAUUUGUAUUUAUAAAUUUCUAGCACAUUUCUACGUUUGUAGUGUAAAGCAUCAGUUUUCAUUU